CAGUUAGGACUGAUUUCCUACUAUGACAAGCUUUAUAAAUAAGGGAAGACCCUGUUGUGCAUGGAACCACCAAGCUGUUCUUGUUGGGACAGGAGCACUCACACAUAAUUAACAGGUGGUCCCCGCUGCAGCUUUGCAUAUAGCCUUGAGUAACCACAGCUGCAUCUCAAAGACAGACUGACUUGCUGGGACCCCUUCCUGUCAAACAUGAAAAUGCUCUGGCUGAAUGUUCUGACUCUUAUGAUGCCUGGCCAGACUCUUGUCAUGGCCUUGCCUCUCCGAACCCCAGACCUGCCUACACAACCCCAUGCUGGGCCACCUGAAGCUGACCAGGAGUUUGCAGAGGAAUAUCUACGGCACUUUUAUGGCUACAAGCCCAAAUCAGAGAGACAAAAGAGGACUACAGACACAGAUGAAGAUGCUGAUUGGACGACUGUACUCUGUGACAAUGUCCGGAAGAUGCAACGCUUCUUUGGUUUGCCUCCAAGUGGAGAGCUGACCAAAGAGACUCUGGCAGUUAUGAAGAGGCCGCGCUGUGGUCUGUCAGAUGUGGAACGAUUUGGAAAGACAAUUCGCUGGAAGAAGAGCACCCUCAGCUACAGGAUCACUGGCUACAACCUCCCUAUCCCAGCCUCGAAGGUUCAGAAAGUCUUCAGAGCGGCAUGGAAGCUCUGGUCCAAUGUUGCACCACUGAAAUUCCGCAAGCGAAGCAGGAAAGAGGCUGACAUUGUCAUCUCCUUCCGCAAUGGCGACCAUAAGGAUGGCUCACCUUUUGAUGGCAAAGGAGGAAUCCUGGCUCAUGCUUUUCUGCCUGGGUCUGGUAUUGGUGGAGACAUACACUUUGAUGCUGAUGAAGACUGGAGCUUGAAUUCUACUGGUAUUAACCUAUUUGCUGUAGCAGUCCAUGAAUUUGGACAUGCUCUUGGCUUGCCCCACUCAUCUGACCCCGGAUCUAUCAUGUACCCAGCAUACAACUUUGCCCCCAGUUAUGAUAUGCAGCUCUCCUUCCGCGAUGUCCAAGAUGUCCAACACCUGUACGGUAUCAGUCCCAGUUUUGCUUCACUAUUCUCAAAAAAACCUCCUCCAAGAACACCUAACAAAUGUGAUCCAGAUCUGUCCUUUGAUGCUGUAACAGAAUUACAACAGGAGGUCCUGUUUUUCAAAGAUAGAUUUAUGUGGCGCAAACAUCCUCAGCUUGAUGAAACAGGAAUCACCCUGAUUAGCAGUCUGUGGCAAGACAGUGUACCUCCCUACUUGGAUGCUGUCUAUGAGAAUGUGGACAUGAAUGUUAUUGUGUUUUUCAAAGGUCAUCAAUACUGGAUGCUGAGGCAGUUAAAACUUGAGGAGGGUUUUCCAAGAAACAUAUCAGACCUGGGCCUUCCUUCCAGAAUAAAAUCUGUAGAUGCUGCUCUUCACUUCAGAAAUGACCGCUACACUGUGUUCUUCACUGGCCAUGAGUGUUGGAGGUAUAAUGAGCAGCAGAAGAUGAUGGAGGGAUCACCGACACUUAUAGAGGAGCAGUGGCCGGGGAUUCCAACUCCAAUAGAUGCAGCUGUCUUCCAUGAUGGAUUUGUGCACAUCUUCAAGGGAAACAUCCACUACAAAUUUGACUCCAGCUCCAAACGCGUCGUCUCCACCAGCCCUGCUAAUGACCUGCUGGAAUGCAAGAGGGAUGACAAUGAAAUACUGACAGAGAGUAGAUAACUGAAGGAAAGCACUUCAUGUAGCUUGAUGAUGAUGGUGCUGUGUAUCCACUGUGUGUGUAUAUACACAAAGUGUUACAAAACUAUAUAUUCAGUAAUAACUACAAUGUACCCAGCACCAAACUGGGAACUGAUGAGUAAUCCAGGAAAGUGUUACCUCAGUGUGUAAUACAAUGUUGUAAUAAUGGCAUUUGUACCCUGUGUCAAAAUACAGUUUUUUGUGUUGUUUUGAUGUUAAAGUUGAUGUGACAAAUGUGUUUUUUUUUUUAAAUGUACGUGUUUUAUUCAAAUGUUGCUGCUAGAUGUGUUUUUUUUUAAAGAUUUGAAAUAUCUUCAUAUGCAAUGCAUGAUACCUACAUUUCUUCUAAAGAUACAAAAUGUAAAAUGUAUUUUAUGGCUCUGCCUUUGCAUCACUGCGACACUGUGAUCUGUUGAUCACCGAUUACUUUUUUAUUGCAACACAUUCAGUCUCUCCAAGUGUCUACAUUUACUGGUCUUGAUCAAUUUUACCUGAGACAAUACAUUGCAUCAGACAUUACUGUUAAACUAUUACGUAACAGUGACCAAAAUGUAGCUUUACAGUAACAUUGAUGUACAAAGUGGUUUUAGAUUGUUACAACAAAAUCUGGAUGGAAAAUAACCACCUGUCUGGCUUACACAACUCCUCUAUCAAGUGAAAAGGCAGUACAGCACCCAUUAGUAUCUUACAGAAUAAACUGACUUUAAUGUUUUAAUAAACUCAAUGGAAGUUGCAAUACAAAAGAUGAUUAAGCCAAAAUGAAUAACAUUUUUGUGAGUACUCCGUAACCUGCCAAAACUUUUAAGUUGCAAUGUAGGGUAACAGGGCUUUUGUUCUUAACGAUGUGACACAACAUGUCUGGGUCUGUUUGCAAGGCACAUCACUGUCUUACCAGAAGCAACAACAGUGUGAGCGCUGGAGAAGAGAAUUUGUGAGUCAAAGGUCAGACUAUUGAUGACAGACUGGAAAAAUCUGAGAGUCAAGUGGGCACUCACACUCACAAAAACACCUAAACAAAGUACUAAAAUAAGUACGUACUAAAAAAUGGUCAA